AUGUGUGGCAGCUACUACGGAAACUACUAUGGCGGCCGUGGCUAUGGAUGCUGUGGCUACAGAGGCCUGGGCUAUGGUUACGGAGGCCUGGGCUGUGGCUAUGGCUCUGGCUAUGGCUGUGGCUUCCGUGGACUGGGCUGUGGCUAUGGCUCGGGCUAUGGCUGUGGCUAUGGCUCCAGCUAUGGCUGUGGCUAUGGCUCCAGCUAUGGCUGUGGCUGUGGCUCUGGCUAUGGCUGUGGCUAUGGCUAUGGCUCUGGCUUUGGCUCCUACUACUGA